AUGGACACCGACCCAGCUACUAGAAGCGCGGGGAACACGACCAAUCCGGCGAGCUCCUCGUCGAGCUCGCUCGGAGCAGUCGCCUCCCCGCCCAUGGAGAGAAACAACUCCCAGUCGAGCACCCAUAAGCCUAGCCACAUCUCAGCGCAUCGACAAAGCUUCGUUGAGAACCAAAGAUACAUCCCGCCGUCUCCGCGCGACCGACGCCACCCAUCCUUAACACAACAAGCCGUUCUCGAGCUUAUGAACCACCCGCCUCCUAACCGACACCCAAAUCCCCGAUAUGCUGGGCGGGAUUGGCGCGAUAUUACCGUAGGAGAGUUGGCUGUACCGGAGGAGGUUAAAUGGGCCGACUUGGAUCUCAGUGUCCAAGAUGCUACCAUGCUCCUGGUGAAGCAGAACCCGAGUAAUGUUGUCCUCGUGCGCGAGACAUCAUCGGCCCAGACUGCUCUCACGACGUUCGACUACAGCGACCUCAAUGCCUAUCUGUUAGUCGUCGUCGGCUUGGCAACCCCAGAUGAGGAGAACAUCGCGCUGUAUGACCAAAUUGCGAAGAAGGCACAAGCGCAGGAGGAUAUCCCGUUAAGGGACAUUCAGACGCUUUCUCGGAAGGAAGAGUUGGUGACCUUACCGGCGGACGAAUACCUCGAUAAAGCGAUGGAGGCGUUUGGUAGUGGGAUCCACCGGGUACUAAUCACCAGCCCGACUGGCGAAGUAGUUGGCGUUCUGAGCCAGUUACGCCUUGUCGAGUUCUUCUGGAACGAAGCCGUCAAUUUCCCGGUAAUUGAACGGCUAUAUGGAAGUUUGCUUCGGGAUUUGCAAAUCGGCACCCAUCAAACUAUCGCCAUCAACCAUGACCGACCAGUGACUGAUGCUCUACUCCUGAUGCACAACGAAGGGCUGACAUCCUUGGCCGUCGUCGACCAAGGCCUCAACGUCGUUGGCAACAUUUCGACGGUUGACGUCAGGCACCUCACCAACGCGGCCAGUCUCCCUCUCCUCCAGGGCUCCUGCAUGAACUUCAUCAGCGUAAUUCUUUCGGAGCGCGGCAUGGAACACGGCAGGGACUCAUUCCCCGUGUUUCACGUCAACCCCUAUUCGACUCUCGGCCACACCGUUGCCAAGCUCGUCGCCACAAGGUCACACCGCAUGUGGGUGGUUGAGUCCGCCUCACCAUCCCCCAGCCAGCCCGCCACCCCGCUGCUCCAGCCUAGCCAGCCCAUCCCUUCUCAUCCAUCACCAAGUCCUGGAUCCACCCCUUCGAGCAGUGGCGUGAUCAUCCCACCAACAGCUAGCUCUAUGGCACCGCAAUCCCCGCUGCCAAACCAGACGUUCAACACCACUAUCAUGCAGUCCUCACUCCCCGGCGCCUCCUUAUCCGGCCGCUUAACUGGCGUGGUCUCCAUGACGGAUAUUCUCAAUCUAUUCGCCAAAUCGAGCGGCCUACAUCCGUCAGACCCGUCGGAGCAACGGGCACGGAGGCGGCGCAGUUCGAGCUCAUCUAUCCGGCCGAGCUUGGACAGCGUGAGGGCUAGUCUUGAUAUUCGUAGGUAG